GUGGGCACAGGUGGGUGGCACUGGUGGGCACAGGUGGGUGGCACUGCUGGGCACAGGUGGGUGGCACUGCUGGGCACAGGUAGGUGGCACUUCUGGGCACAGGUAGGUGGCACUGCAGAGUGGCACAGGUGGGUGCACUGCUGGGCACAGGUGGGUGCACUGCUGGGCACAGGUGGGCGGAACUUGCGGGCGGCACUGCUGGGCACCGAUCAUCGGGGCACUGAUCAUCAGUGCCCUGAUGAUCGGUGCCGAUCCCCGCUCUGACAACUGCCGGUUCUCGGCAGUACUUUCCUCACGAUCUGACAGCGUGAGGAAAGUGCAGCCGAGAACCGGCACUUGCAU